CUUUCUUUGCUACCCUUAGCACCAACCGCCGGUGGCCACACAACCGCAUUUCCCGCGCGGCAGCAUCUGGUGGCUACCUCGAACUCAACUCCGAUCAAAACCCAUCGCCGGAACGCAGUUCAACGUCAUCGAUGAUGGAGAAGAAGAGCCUCCCAACGCGGUUUCAGCCGCUGUCGUAUGCAAGCGCUCUCCGGGGGAAGCAAGGCGCACGUAUCGAAGUCAAGCCGACUCCGACUCCGACUCCGAUCCCGAAGACCGAAGCCCCUCUCAAACCUGCAGUCACAUCUGUCCCUUCGAAAUCAACUGUGCAGCAACCCCCACCAGCAGUGCCUAAUCUCAAGCAGCCAGAGCAACCAAAGUCCGCUGUGCAUACGAAUUCCACGACCGCUUCGUCACGAGAGGAGUACCCGCAGCUUGCACAGCGUGUGGCUAAACCGAAGCUGGCUCCAGUAUCUUAUGCCCAAGCUGUGACUGGUAAAAGGACAGCCACGUUGGUGGUCAAGAAGAAGGAAAAGCAAGGGCCGCACACGGAUCCGCAGAAGACAGAGGGGGAGACCACUGUGCAUCAAGAGCUAGGGAAAAGUCCUCAGAAGAGUCCGCAGAAGAGUCCUGAAAAAGGUCCUCAGAAAAGUCCCGAGAAGGUUCCCCAGAAGGGUCCUGAGAAGAAUUCUCAGAAGAGUCCCGAGAAGAGUCCUCAGAAGAGUCAGAAGAAAAGUCCGAAAAAGAAAAAGAAAAAAGGAAAUACCAAUCCAGAAGCGAACACGGCGGCGUCAGGUUCAGUCAUCAAAACACAGCACAUUCCUCACCACCAAAAGGCGUCCAAGCAGAGUCAGGAACCGGAAAAGAAAAGUGCUGCCACUAUCGAGCGAGGUUCGACAGCGCCUCAAGGUGGCGGACUUAGCAAGGAGAACACACGCAGCAAGAAUGCAUGCACAGCCGCAGCUGCUGGUGAACAAAACCAGGGAAAGAAGUUGAACGCCGAACCGCACCGCGGACGAAGCCCAGUUAAAGCAUCACCAUGCAUGCGGAAUGCCCCAACCAAGCCGAAGGCCGCAGCUUGGGGUGGCCAAAGUUGGCGCUCUCCUGCUACUAUAAGACCAAGACAACGAAGCACAACUUUUCCUGGUUUCGAAAUCUCUUCCCAUCCUCUUCACAACCAGUCUCCCACACUCACCGCUCGCUAUCAAUUUGGCCAGUCACCCAGACCCUCGACCAGCUGUGCAACACGUUUUGCCAAACACCCUCAAUACAACCAUCACGAACAUAAUUUUCAUCAUCGUUCCAAAGGCUCCGUACCAACAAUGGGCAAUCCUCACGCGUACCAUGUUCGUUGCCGCGCUCUCGGCGUUGAGCAAUGGACCAAAGCAGCAGCAACUCCCAUACGAUCCUCCAACUUUCUCGGAUCAGGAGAUUUCGUCAUCCACUGCGAUGAACCUGGCGAAGAGGGAUUGUGGCCGAAAGCCAUCAACAAACAGCGGCGGAUCGCUGAACAUAUCAAGAAACACGACCGAAAGGAGAUCGACUUGUGGACGGAGCCCCGUGAUUGGGACGUCCGGAUCGAGUGCGGAGGUGAAAAGUUCCUCGUUCAUCGCAAAAUGCUCGCCCGAGAGCAAAGCAGUUUGAAAAGCCUGUCUAGAGUAUUCCCAGACGGCUCCAAGACCAUAUUCUCAUGCCCUUACACGACCCCGGAGCGGAUGGCCAAUGUAUUGGCCUUUAUCUAUGACAAGAGCACCAUGGAAGGAGAACGCUUCGUUCCCUCCGAAGACCACCCCCUCGACGGGGGCAUUAUCCUAAACAACACCAUGGCCUAUCUCGCCGGCACCGAAACCGACUUCCCAGCCCUGCGCGACGUCGCGUUCUCCAACUUCCAAAAAGCCAUCCAAGGCGUCAAGCGCUUCUUCGACGACGCCAACGGGCUCAUCCAAGAUUCCGAGAACGAAGCACACGGGACCCUUUCCGAGGAAUGGGAUUGCCUCGGAUCAGUCGUCACCGACGAUGAGCUAGCGACUUUUUAUCGUCCAUUCCGCAUCGCCAUGCAGGCCCUUUUCGAUUUCUACGUGUACAAUCAGGACAAGUUCUUUGUGGAUGAGAUGCUGCCGCUGCGGGAGGCGAUGUGGGGGCUGAUGAAUGAUGUCUACUGUAGACGUCUUUUGUUGAGUAAGACGUUUAGAAAUGAUGAGCAGUCGGAGUGGGACGAGAGUGGGCUGUGGCAGUUUUGCGAGGAGGAGGCGGCGUUUUUUGAGUGGUAUUGAAGUGGAUUUGUGAUCAGGCUGUCUGUGGUUACGAGGAGCAUCACCGUUUGCUGAAGAAAGGAGAAAGUUCACUAGCUCGUCAAUUUGCUUUGAUUCGGAGGAUUUGUUGGUUGGGGAAAAAAGGGGUUGAUACAUACUUCAUUGGAGGAGCAAGCAUGUUUUGUUCUCAAAAGUCCAAUGGGCCCCGUGUUGCCCUCUUGGACUCGGCGAAGGGAUUGAAUUAUGGGAUGGUUGGGACAGAGAAGACCUUUUUUGUAAAAUGGCCCCGUGUUGCCAUUGAGUUAUGUUUGGAACAGCGAAGAUUUUUCAGGUGCGAGUCAAAUGGCCCCGUGUUGCCUAGGACUCAGCAAAGGGAUCGAAUUAAGGCAUGGUUCAGGACAGCCAGGAUAUCUUGACGCAAGUCAAAUGGCUCUGUAUUGUCUGGAAAUCAUUCGGCGAAAGGAUUGGAAUUGACAACCCGGUUUGCGUCUCGUGACGCCCUACAACACCGAC